UGUUACAUUUUCAUUUGGCUUAAAUUUUUUUCAAUUUUAACUGGUAAUAUUUAUCUGAAAACUUACUCCCAUUGGCAGAAUGCCGCAAAGAAGAAAGAACCCCAAUGCAUUUUCCUACUUUAUCUGGCUGGAUUAUAAAUCAUGCUACUUUAUUAUUAUUAUUUUUUGUAUUCAAGUCAAUAACAAGCAUAUGAAGUUUGGUGGCAAUAGCUCUCUGUCUUUUGACACAAUCCAUAAGAUAAUCCAAUAUACUGAUGCCUAUGACAAUUGUCUAUCUUGGGAGCAAACAGAAGAAUCAGAUAACAUAAACAAUGUAAUGGAUGAGCUCUAUCGAGAAGCAGGAACCACAUUGUUGGAGGAACCAGAUUCCAGUAUGGAGCUUAUGGAUACGCACAGAGAGGAUGAAGAUCACAUUAGAAAGAUAAAGGAAUUUCAGGAUUACCUUCAAAUGGUGAAGAUAAUGAUUAAACCAGGUUGUUCAGAAGAAGUGUUAAAGGUGGCAUUGAAUUCCAUGUCCUCGCUAGUAGGCAUACUUGCUUUCAUGUCAUAUCCAAAACACCGUUCCUCACUGUGAACAAGAAUUAACUCGAACACCAUGAUCUUGUUGUACACCAAGGAUGAAUCUGCUACUGGCAUUUCCUUUAGAAGAAAAUGCACGUUGCAAAAUUUCAUGUCUGUAUCUCAGUAUUAAACUUUUAUGUUCCACCAUUUGUAGUCACCUAGUUGUCUGGACCAGCUUUUACGUUAGAAUUUAUCUAAGAAGCAAAGAUUUGUUCAAAGAUGGUUAGCUUCAUUCAAGAACGUGGGAAUGCUCAAUACCUGUAAGUUGACAGCACACGACAUUAUGUAUUGCAAGCGUCAGAAAUAUAGUUUGAUGAUUAUUGUUCAA